AUGGUGACGCACGUGCCGAUUGAUUCCAUUAGUGUGAAGUGUGAACGGUCGUUGGGUUGCGAUAAAUUUCAGCGCCCAACAGCGAGGUCGCCUCAGCCCCAGAGUUCCGACCUCAAAUCACUGUUCGCAGUCGCCGGAUUCUCUUCGCCGAUGGCUUCCUCCACAACCGCCGGAUCCAUUCACGACCUCACCGUCAAGGACGCCAAAGGAAAUGAUGUUGAUCUUAGCAUUUACAAAGGAAAGGUCCUGCUAAUUGUCAAUGUUGCUUCUCAAUGUGGGCUGACAAACUCAAAUUACACAGAACUGACUCAGUUGUAUGAGAAGUACAAGGACAAAGAUUUUGAGAUUCUAGCUUUUCCAUGCAAUCAAUUUGCGGGGCAAGAACCAGGAAACAACGAGGAGAUUGUUCAGUUUGCAUGCACACGAUUUAAAGCCGAGUAUCCUAUAUUUGACAAGGUCGAUGUGAAUGGUGAAAAAGCUGCACCCAUAUACAAGUUCUUGAAGUCCAGCAAGGGUGGUUUUUUUGGAGAGGGCAUCAAGUGGAACUUCACUAAGUUCUUGGUGGACAAGGAUGGUAAUGUGGUCGAUCGCUAUGCUCCAACCACCUCUCCCCUUAGUAUUGAGAAGGAUAUCAAGAAGUUAUUGGGACUUUCCUAAACUUCAGAUGCACCUUGCUUAUGGUAGGAUUCACGUCUUUCGUGUAUGGAUGUGAGGAUGCUUAUUCUAAUAAUGAAGUAUUGGCAGAACUUUCUUGCUAAAACAUCUGUAAGAAAACAUCAUACUGUGUUUUAUUUGUUUCACAAAGUUGAUAAAUACUCCUGGUAUUGUAGUUUGCAGUAAGUGGAUAUAUCGAUCGAACAUAGAGAUCGCCCUCUAUAAUCUCAUUAAAUGCUCUAUGAUGAUAUUUAGUUUA